AUGGUCCUGCAGCCGGGGAGGAAUAACCCCGAGCACCGGGAGAAGCUGGGGCUCAGCUGCUGGAGAGCAGCUCUGUGGAGGAGGAUCCGGGGGCCUGGUGAGCAGGAUCUCCAUGAGCCAGCAGUGCCCUUUUCGUCUAGAAGAAAUGAAGGGCGGGCUGCUUCCCUGAAGGAGAGGCGGAGGUGCCGUGAGCGGCGAGGGGGCGGCUGCAGCAGCUCGGGGGCCGCGGGGGCGCGGGCACGGCUGUCGGGCCGGGGCCCCGUUCCUGCCGGGGCUCGCUCCGUUCCGUUCCGUUCGGUUCCGUGCCGGCCGGGGGGUGUCGCUGCCGCCCCGAGCACGCCCCGCGCAGCCCGGCCCGCGGGCGGCGGCGCCUACUGGGUGGACUCGCAGCAGAAGCGGUACGUGCCGGUGAAGGGCGACCACGUCAUAGGGAUCGUGACGGCCAAGGCGGGGGAUGUGUUCCGGCUGGACGUGGGCGGCAGCGAGCCGGCCUCCCUGUCCUACCUGGCCUUCGAGGGCGCCACGAAGAGGAACAGACCCAACGUGCAGGUGGGAGAUCUUAUUUAUGGUCAGUUCGUUGUAGCAAAUAAAGACAUGGAACCAGAGAUGGUCUGUAUAGACAGCAGUGGAAAAUCGAGUGGAAUGGGAAUAAUUGGACAAGAUGGCUUCCUCUUUAAAGUUUCCUUAGGUCUAAUAAGAAAGCUCUUGGCUCCCAAAUGUGAAAUAAUUCAAGAGUUGUCACAACUGUACCCAUUUGAGCUGGUGCUGGGAAUGAAUGGAAGAAUAUGGGUAAAAGCAAAAACAGUUCAACAGACUUUAAUUAUAGUAAAUAUUUUGGAAGCUUGUGAAUAUAUGACUGCAGAGCAGAGAAAACAAGCGCUUGCCAAACUGUCAGGGAACUGAUAAGAGAAAACCUUGAGGAUUUGUUUGUGAUAACUGUAACGUAUUUUGGUUAUUUUUGUAUUCAGAUUUAUA